AUGCUCUUCCAGGCCACCAUUCUUGCUCUUCUGGCUUCGGUCUCCCUCGUUACAGCCUUGCCCGGUGGAGACACCAAGACCAAGACCAAGACCAAGACAGACACUAAGACCGAGUCCAAAUGCUCUGCUGUCUACAGUACCAAGACCUACCCUGGAGAGAAGGAAACCACCUACCUUUACACCAAGACCGAAGUCGUUCCCUACACCACCGUCACCACCAAACUCUCAACCUCCUCCUCACCGUACCCCUUCACCAACACCAACGUCGUAACCACGACCAAGUCUUACUACGAGACCAAGACGUAUUACGAGACGGCUCCAGUCGUCGUCACCAGCUACGUGACCAAGACCAAGAGCGAUGUCAAGACCAAGACCAGUGUCGAGACAUCCAAGAGCACCUCCGUCGGCACGACAUACAAACCUGUCGUCGGCACAGUGACGUACACGGACGUCGGCAGCAAGACCAAGACUGACGUCGUCACCAAGACCGACAAGGUCAAGUACACAAAGACCGAGGUGGAGACCAAGACGGCGUGCACGACUAAAGGUGGUUAUGGAGGCGGCUGGUAA